GCGAUACCCAGUUUGAACAAAUUUCCUGUCCCAGUUCCGCCCGCCUAUAACUUUCGAGCCUUGUUCCCGGACUUGCAUCAUCUCACGAUGUUGCCAACGAGUCGAGAAGCACCACUCUGCGACGCGAUCUUCCACGUCGAGAACGCACACUCGAUCCAGGCACUUGGGUCUACACCAACGUCCAGCUCGCCCUACGUUUGGUCCCAAAUCCGCUCUGCUGCUACCACGGCUUCUCAUGGCCAAGUGAGAAAUGCGAUCAUGUCGCAUCUGCUGUCAACAAUCUUUGGGAAAGUGAAGUCGCGCUACAACUGGACUGUUGUUGCCUGGUAUUCUUUCUCCCGACCUGCAGAUCUUGACCAGGCCGGGACCAGCCACCUGAGAUGUUGGAAGCUUGCCGUGUGGGCAGACAACAAAUUCAGCUUGCAUUGCUGUUCUAGAUCACCCUGGGCAUAUCGCGAGGGUGAAUGCAUGAUUCCCAUCGGGGCUCAUAGCUUCACGGAACAAAACUCCGGAGCCUGUGGGAGCUAGAUGGUGAUACUUUGUGUUGUGGCAGAAUUUUGCGCUCGAGCUGCCGUUACUCUCUACUUGCCGACAUGAGGGUGCUGACACAAGUUGACUGAUCUUUUCUUUUUGCCACAUUCUUUGGCUUAUGCAACGACUUGGUUUCAACCCACAAGGCCACAGUGCUUACAGUAAUUGUUGCCCCCGCC